CGGCGGAAAGGCGCGCUUUCUUGAAUACAGCCCAGGACCACUGGACGGGAGGCCCAGGAAUGGCGGCUCAGUUGACCAAAGAAGGUAUCACACUGAAGGGCAGCGCCGAGACCGUGUCCGAGUUCUUCUAUUUUGGCAUCAAUAGUAUUUUAUAUCAGCGGGGGAUUUAUCCGUCAGAGUCUUUUUCUCGCGCACAGAAGUAUGGCCUCACCCUGCUUGUCUCUACAGACCCAGAUCUUAAGAACUACUUGAACACAGUGGUGGAGCAGCUGAAAGAUUGGCUGUACAAAUGUCAGGUCCAGAAACUAGUGGUGGUGAUUUCAAGCAUCGACGGCAAUGAAGUUCUUGAGCGCUGGCAGUUUGAUAUAGAAUGUGAUAAAACUGUGAAAGAUGACAGCAUUGUUAGAGACAAGUCUCCGAAAGUUAUUCAGGAAGAAAUCCGAUCAGUCAUCAGACAAAUCACAGCCACAGUAACGUUUCUUCCACUGCUGGAGACUGCGUGUGCUUUUGACUUGCUGAUCUAUACAGAUAAAGACUCGGAAGUGCCCGAGAAGUGGGAGGAAUCUGGACCUCAGUUUGUUUCCAACUCUGAAGAAGUUCGGCUUCGCUCCUUCACCACUACAAUCCAUAAAGUCAACAGCAUGGUGGCAUAUAAAAAAAUAGACUGUUAAUAGUGGAUUAUAUUUUUACUGUUCUUUCUCUUUUCUACUCUGGUAGUAUUGAUCCGAUUUCUAAUGCAGUUUUUAAGGUGAUGUAUGUGGUUAUUUUUUGUUUUUUUUUAGUGGCCACCUCAUUACGUGUCUUUUGAUGCUCUGUAGAGGACUUGGUCCUUCCACACCCUACUGCAUUAGCUUAAGCUGAGAUAUAUUGAGGGGAGCUUUUUACUUAGUCGCUUUAGAUGGAACUUAACCAGUUCACUUUCUUAGAGUAACGGGCUCUGCCACCGCACCCUUAAGUAUUCUAGUUCCGUGGGCUCCAUAUUCAUUUUAGGGGAUCAUGAGUUUGUGAUACAGUGCAUCGGUCCUAUGCUUGUGAAGGUACACUGUGAUGCUAUGAACAUGAGUAUAUUUGUUUAGCAGCUCCACUGCUGACAGACUCGUCCUAGUCAUGCCAGUUCUUCAAGAGGGCAGAAUCUGCUAACGUGCCCCCUUUCAGGCACCAAACAGAGGUACAUUACAACCUCAACAAUUAUUGCAUGCACUAGCUUCAUUUUCUUGCUGUAACAGACAGUUUUGUAUUUGGUUUUUAAUGGGUGGACUUAACAAUUUGGUCUCGGGAACAUAUUCCGGCAGUAAGCUCCUGUUGACAGAUUGAAGUGUCCUUUGCAGGACCUGAAUGGUUUUCUACCCAUUUUAUUAUUCUUAUUUUAUACAAGUACCAGCUCUGGUCUGUUAUACAUUCUAAAGCCCAUUUACUUGCAUUGCACUGUACUUUGACGAUUUUGAUGCAGAAUCUGCACCCAAUAUGUCCCGUAUGACUGACAAAAAGACUGCAGAAGAUAUAUCCUUAUCAGUUUCAUGAAUGCUUUAUUCUGCCGAAAUGCAUUUUUCCAAUCUCUGGAAGUUCAGAGAAGGACUGGAGCUGCAUUUUGUUGUUUGAUUGCCAGUCCACUCAUUCAGGGAACUUGGGGCCCCUGUUCUCAUCAACAGUCAUGGCUCCAGGAGUUGGGCACCCGCUGAUCAGAUACUUAUUCCCUAUCCUGUGGAUAGAGGAUGUGUCUUGAGACAACUCAUUUAAGUAAGUAUUUCUUAGACCACAGCUAUAUAUCCUUUGUAUUAAGUCUUAUAUCCAUUGAGACUUCCAUGCAACAUGCAUAUGCAGACAUUGGGUUGGAAAAAAAAGCAAGCGUUACAAGGAUUUUGGUCCUAAGUGAGUAAAAUCUUGGAAAAACUGCAAUCCUCUGUCAGCUC